AGACGAUUUCGGCUUUUGUAAUGCCAGAUGGACUGUAUCAGUUUAAAGUCAUGCCAUUUGGCAUGAAAAACACUCUGGCCACAUUUUCAGAGACUAACCAUAAGGUCAUUGCUGGAUUACCCAACUGGGUGGUGUACAUUGAUGACUUGGUGAUUUUUAAGUCACUCAUUGAAGGAACAUUUACAACAUUUAUUGGACUUGUUUGAUUGACUUUGGAAAGCAGGUUUGGUGAUAAACCUAGCUAAAAGUGAAUUUGCCAAAGCUCAAAUAACCUUCCUAAGCCAUGUUAUUAGUCACGGAUAAAUGAUCCCAUGCGAUGCGAAAACGGAAGUAAUUGGGGAGUUUCACGUACCAUCAACAAAAAGAGUAGUACUACGGUUCCUGGAAUUCACUGGAUUUUAUUGAAGUUGUUGCGAGAGCUGAAGCAUCCCAAUGUUAUUGCUUUGCAAAAGGUGUUCCUUUCACACAGUGACAGAAAGGUCUGGCUCCUGUUUGAUUAUGCAGAACAUGAUUUAUGGCAUAUUAUCAAGUUCCAUCGUGCCUCAAAAGCAAAUAAAAAGCCAGUACAGCUUCCAAGGGGAAUGGUCAAAUCAUUGCUUUAUCAAAUACUUGAUGGAAUUCAUUAUCUCCAUGCAAACUGGGUUCUUCAUAGGGACUUGAAACCCGCAAACAUCCUAGUGAUGGGGGAAGGACCAGAACGAGGACGUGUAAAAAUAGCGGACAUGGGUUUUGCCAGACUGUUUAAUUCUCCACUAAAGCCUUUGGCUGAUUUGGAUCCAGUAGUAGUAACAUUUUGGUAUCGUGCACCGGAGUUACUGCUUGGAGCCAGACAUUAUACAAAAGCAAUUGAUAUCUGGGCAAUUGGAUGCAUUUUUGCAGAACUUUUAACAUCAGAACCUAUUUUUCAUUGUCGCCAGGAAGAUAUCAAAACAAGUAAUCCCUUUCACCAUGAUCAAUUGGAUCGUAUUUUCAGUGUUAUGGGAUUUCCGGCUGAUAAAGAUUGGGAAGACAUCCGCAAGAUGCCUGAAUACCCAACUCUGCAGAAAGACUUCAGGAGAACAACCUAUGCUAACAGCAGCCUUAUUAAAUAUAUGGAGAAACACAAAGUCAAGCCGGACAGUAAAGUAUUUCUUCUGCUGCAAAAACUCCUGACUAUGGAUCCAACGAAAAGGAUCACUUCUGAGCAAGCUCUGCAGGAUCCAUACUUCUUGGAAGAGCCUUUACCAACUACAGAUGUCUUUGCAGGUUGCCAGAUUCCAUAUCCUAAGCGGGAAUUUCUAAACGAAGAUGAGCCAGAAGAGAAAGGUGAAAAGAAUCAACAGCAAACCCAGCAACAUCAGCAGCAGACAGGACAGAAUCAACAGCAGCAAGCACCCCAACAACAAAACAGCACACAGACAAAUGGGACAGCUGCUGGAGGAGGAGGUGGUGGAGGAGCACCGGGUGGAGGCCUACAGCAUAACCAGGACAGCAGUCUCAAUCAGGGACCUCCAAACAAGAAACCUCGCAUAGGCACAUCAGCUACAACCUCUGGUGGCUCUGCCAUGCCAACUGAUUACCAGCACUCUGGCACACGUCUGGGUUACCAAAGCAAUGUACAGGGUUCUUCCCAAUCCCAGAACGCUACAGGAUAUUCAUCUUCAACUCAGCAGAGCUCACAGUAUUCACACCAGUCCCACAGGUACUGAUCAGCACUGCUGACAGAAAGGACUUCAAAGGAAAGCCUUCAGCAAUAUUAUGGUAUAUGGUUCCAAUGAGAGGAACCUAAUGAAUAUGACUGACGCAUGUAAAAUUUAUUGUAUUCAGAAAUAUAAACUGGCAUUAUUUAGAAAAAAACAUUGUUCACAUAAUAAUGUUUUGACUGUCUGGAAGUUUUCAAAUACCAAUGCCACUGAGAAGGUUCCAGUCAAGGCCAUUUCUCUGAAGUUGUGUGUAAAUAUCUUUUAAAUAAUUUUAACUCAGCACUUGAGUUUCUGAACUAAAAAGCAGGUGAAAUUCAUUCACUGUUUUUAGAGCACUUUUUGAUGCAGUGACAGGGAUUCCUGUUGCCUGUCCUAAAAUCUAAAUAUAGGAAUUCUAUUUUCUCGACAUACAGCUUAAAAUAUUAAUCAGUUAACUCUUCAAUCACAAAAUAGUAUCACGUGGCUCUUUCUAGGUCCUUAAAUUUGUACUUAUAAUUGGUACUCUUUUUGUUUUGCUACAUUUAUAAAUUGCACUGCACAAACAAUUUUGAAAGGUUUCUUCAACUGCUCUGUUUAAAAGCUUCAGUUAUAACAAAUGUUAAAUGUAAAAGGUUUUAAAAAAUGACUGGCAGCAAAUGUGAAAAUUCAUUCUGUUUUCUUCCACAACGCACAGCACCAUAUGCACAUGAAACCACCUCUUUACUCUGUGUAACCUGCCUGCUGAUUGUAACUUAAAAUUCCCAACACUGAAAACGAACUUCCAUUUGUUUGUGCUCCCAGUGUUGAGCUUCCUGUGUCAGGUCGUACAUGCAGAAUUUGGGUGGGGGAAUGGCGUCAGAAGCUCUGAUUGAUAGCUGCAAUGAAUUUCUAUCCGUGAGCUACCAGUGAAAAACUGUGGAAGUUGUGACUCGGUUGCACCAACUACAUACCUGAGUUGCUAAUAUGUGCUUUCAUUAAGCAAAGCUCUGGACAAGAUUUUAACUAACUAAAAACCCAGCUAUUUGCAGAGUUAAAAUCAGACCCUCCAUGACUGGAGCGAUAAAUUGUAAAUAUAAUUCCAUAUUUUUACCACUCUUCUUAAAAAAAAUGAAUCUAGUAUUUCUCCCUUAUCUUCAUAGAAAUGUGCCCCAUCUCUUUGGGCUUCCAGUUGGCUAGUUUCUCAGGGAAUCUCUAGUUUUCACUAUUUUUCAGGUUUAUUCUCUAUAAAACCCUUAUGUUUCACAGAGUUUGUUUCAAUUCAAGCGGUACAAUAGGGACUUCCAAUGCUCCAAUUGUCUGUCUGUGUCAGAAGUUAAUUCUAUGUCUAGUUUUGGAAGUGAGGCUAUAAAUUAAUUGAAGUCUUGGGAAGGCACAAAACAUGGCUAAAGCCUAAAGCCAUCUUCUAAACAUGAGAUUAGGUUAAAUUUCUACUUUUUUUUUGUUGUUGCAUAUGUAAUUCACAAUGUGCACAGAGUAAAAUGUUUACUUUUUAGAAGUCUCAGGGCUUCUUACUUUGGGGAAUAUUAAUUUUCCUUGCAGUUCUAAAUUAGAUUCACAGAAAUAUAGUCACUGCAUAGGAUGCCCUUUACUAUCGGUUUAUUGGAAAGCAGGUGCAGAAAAAGAUCAGCAUCUAUAUUUAUGUUAAUUAAAUGCUAAUAAGAUGUCAGUUUGAUGAAUUGGCAAACUGUCAUUUUAUCUAUUAUGUUAGUGCAUUAUAACAUUCAAUAAUUUCAAAAGUGGAGUCUUCAGACAAUAGGUGACUCCUACAGUUCUAUUUAUGCAGCUAUAACAUCUUGAACUUAAUACAUGCACAGAUUGCAUAAAUCAGUGUAAUCUUUCUAUCUCACUCUCAAGAUCCACUUGUGAAGCCACAGGUAAUGGGCAUACAUUAACUUGAUUUUUGGCUUAAUUUAAAUACUGCCUAAAAAUAGGUUCACAAUCAUGUAACUAAAUCUUCUGAAAGGAAACUAGAAUAAAUGAGAGCCUGACUAGUUUGAGAAUUGUAUUCAAGAAUUGAUCAUCUUGAACUGGUGUCCUGUCAAUGUUAGGGAGUAAUUGAUCUCAGCAUUCUUUAUUAUUAUUUUCAACAACUAGAAUUUUACAAGACAAAAUAUCCUUAAGAGCUUACUUUUACCUCUAUAGAAGACAAAAUUGACUUCAAGACUGCAGAUAAUAUUUUAUCUGAUCACAAGUCCUGUAAUUGCAUUCAUGCAUAAUUAAGUAUUUCAACCAUCUUCAACACUUAGUUUUAUUUAGUUAUCCAAAUAACACAUAGCUGAACUCACUUCAGUGAAAAUGAUGAACAGUUAAUUAACACUUUGUAUCAUCAGCCAGCUAUAUUAUUCUGACCCUUGUUGGUUUCUUAGUAUAAAAUAUGUAAAAUGGAAGAUAUACUUUUAAAAUAAUACUAACAAGUCCUCAAAGUCCAGAAAGUUGAUAAUAAAAUUAGGUGACUGAUUACCCAGUGUUUUAUGUAAUCUUCAGCUUCUGUGCACCAUUAUCUGUCUUUGGGAUUGUUGAUCAGGCCUCAGUCGAUGAAUCUGACAGUGCUACAUCCUGGUAUUUCUACUACUUGGAACAAACAUGGAUCUUGGUUGAGAAUUUGUGCUGUGGAAGCAAUGUAAUCAACAGUUUUUAUUAACUAUUUUGUGGUUUUUUAAAGUAAAACAUUGUGAAAAGAUUUGCUGAUCUUUUCAAAAUGUGGUUAGAAACAAGUUCACAAAUUAAGAAGCUCCAUAACCAAAUAAAAAUGCUUAAUUUUUAUUAACCACAUUUUAAAUUAUUUAAAAGUGUAUUUCACACUGGUCAGGGAACAGUUUCAAGAAGUGCAGACCAGGGGAAAUAUUAUCUAGGUGCAGUUGGCCAAGCCAAACAUUGAUAUUGUGGUUAAACAUUUGUUAGCGUGCAACAGUUAGAAAGUCAUGAAUUAUUUGUCUGGUGCAUCAUAAUCUGUAGUGCAAUAUUGUGCCUGAAUUCUUCAAAUUAAUUUUGCUAAUAUCGUCAAAUAUUUACAUUAUUCUGCACAAUGUCUUUCCUGCUUGUAGAAUACUCUUUAAAACCAAUCACCGCUGUCUCAACAGUGCCUGUAAGUUGUUAAACUCCUGUGGUUCUGAAUGGUUAUUACAACUGGAAAUGUUAGCUGUGUUUCUCUCCCCAGAUACUGAGCUGUUCAGCAUUUCCAGUAUUUUUCUUUCUUGCUGAAUUUUCAGAAGAACAAUUUGAAGCAGAAAACCCAUUAGUUCCUUCAAAUGAUCUCAAUUUUAGCAAAUAGUUUUCAACUUCACCAUGUUAUUUCCUUUUACUCAUUUUAAUCUUUGGGAUAUAGGUGAUCCUGAUGAGGUCAGCAUCUGUUGUCCAUCCCCCUUAAACUGAGUUGCUUGCAAUUUCAGAGGUCAGUAAAGAGUCAACUGCGUUUCUGUGUCUGGAGGCAGCUAAAGGACAGAUCAGGUAGGAAAAGCAGAUUUCCUUCUCAGAUGGAUUUUGUGACAAUCAGUGUUGAUUUCAUGGUAAUUUCAAGGCUAGGUGGUAUGCCCGCCCCCCCCCCCCCGUGAAUUAGGCGACAGGUCAGACCAGGCAGUGCACGGAACAUGGCUUUACAAGAUAUCCCAUAUUCAUUAUUAUUUUUACUUACAGUGUGGAAACAGGCCCUUCGGCCCAACAAGUCCACACCGCCCCGCCGAAGCGCAACCCACCCAUAC